AUGUAUAACAGCUCAGAGAACUGGGCAGAAGAUAUUCGUGUUUUUAACCUCCUGAUGGAAUUGUUUCUGCCUCAUAUUAGUCUAAUUGAGCUGGAGGAGAAAAUUCUUUCACAAGUAUUGCCAAAGGCUGUGAAACUAUUUGAUGAGUUAAUAUACGAAAUCUCAAGUCAAGCAACAGGGUUAUCGAGUCAGAAUAUGGAAUUGAAGGCUUCCUUACGACAUAUAUUACAGAACAUGGUCAAGUGGCUGGAGGCUCUAACAGCAUGUGUAGGUCACGUUGGCUCUCUUGAAGAGCCAGUAAAUUUAGACAAUAUACGGUCCCUGCCUUCAUCUGUCCUGCAAGUUCUUAAAGCAGCGUUUGCUCAUUGUAAGGACAGUGAUUCAGUGUAUAGUGGCCGGCUCCAUCUUGUCUCAGAUCUCUUGCAAGCUCUCUUUAAGGAAGCAGUUUCCCUUCAGAAGCAACUAAUGGAACUGAUGGAUAAAACUGCAAUAAAUGCCUCGCAGAGGGAUUCUGCUGACAUGAGUUCAGUGUUACAUACAGUUUUGGACAUUUGCUCAAUAGUUUCUAAAAUGGACCAUGCACUUCAUGCUAAUACAUGGAAGUUUAUUAUCAAACAGUGUGUGAAACACCAGACAUUGGUAGAAAACCUGCUACAGCAUCAUGACAUUGUAUCUGGUUUGUGUGAUGACAUACUGCUGUCUUUCCAGUCAUGCUUACAACUUGCAGAACACAUGAAAUUGUCAGGAACACGGGAAAGCACAGACCAAAGGUUAUUCCAGAAGACUGUGAAGUUGUGUCGGUUCUUUGCUAAUUCUCUUGUGCACUACACCAAGGAAUUCAUGCCUUUUUUGUCACGCUCCUGUACCAAGUUACAUCAGCUUUAUCUUGAGAUACACAGCAAAAUUUCACCAAGUUUGUAUGCAGUGCCCAUCUGUGAUGCACAUAAGGAUGAAAUUGCUUGCGUAUUCCUGGUGGUUCUCGAUCCUUUCAUCUUCCAGCUUCUUUCGUACAGGCCUUUCAUGGAACUGGUUUUGAGUGAAAGUCUAGAGCUGCCUUCUGAACAUCUCUUCCCUCAGUGUUUACUUCUGCUUAACAUAAUGGACAAACUUCCCUCUGUGCCUGAAGAAGUGCAGACCUCAUGGUGUACAGGAAGCAAGUUCUCUGAAGACACUCCCAGGAUGUCCUUAUUUAAAGGCCUGUUCAAGAGCUUCAUGCUUUGCUCUCCUGAGCAUUCUCUACCACUCUUCAUGCAGGAUGUACUGGUCAAGGGGCAAGCUCCAACAAAUGUAACGUUAUAUCAGCACGUCUGUGUUCAUCUGUGUGCUUACAUUGUGUCACUUCCUCCAACUUUGUUUCCUGAACUGGAGUGCUCUUUGCUGGAUGCUGUUCUAAGCCGUAGUAUGAUCACAUCUCUUCUGGCCAUGGAUGUAUGGUGUUUUGUUGCUAGAUUUGGAACUGCUGAACUAUGUGCCCAUCAUGUUCAAAUGGUCUCUGUUAUUGUGAAGUCGUGUCCUGGUGACUGUUACCAGAUCUCACACCUUUCUGUGCUCCUCAGACGUCUUCUCUUCCUAAUGGCUCCUGAUCACCAGGCAGAAUUUAUAAAGCGGUUUCCUCCUCGCGAUGCUGAAAAUUUCCCAGUCUGGAAGCACCUUUCCCUUGCAGCAUUUACUAGUGAUCUAAGAGCCCAGGUUAAGAAUGAUCUUUUUUCUACUGCAAUAUCUCAGUGCAAGGACUGGCUAAGUGGCAAAUGCACAUUCAGAGAUUUGCCACAAGUGAAUUUGCCCCUCUCUGUUCUUUUGGCUGUGUGUAGUUCCUUAGGGGAAGCAUUGGACAAACAGCAAGAGACUAUUGUGUCAGGAAUUAUUGGACAGUUGUGGCCCCUUCUUAACACUAAACAGAUUUCAAACCACCCUUACCGUCAGCACACUCUGUGCCUUGUCUGGGCUCUUCUGGCAUUUGUCAUACACUCUGUGGAUCUGUCAACCCUUGUGCAGAUUGUUGCUUUGCUCUCCUCUGUCAGCGGGGAAGAUCCACCAGUGCACGUGAGAUUUGGAAUUUUAGAAGCUUUAGCUGCAUUCGGCAAAAUCUUUAUUCCUCCAGAUGCUCAGACUUCCAUUCUUCCUAAGUUAUCCAGUUUGUUCUCCUUGCUUCUGGCAGACAACACGUGGCUUAUCAAGCAUCACACUCUAGAAGUUUUCACCCAAUUUGCAGAGGAAACCAGUCAUGAAGAUGUAGUGCCUCAAAGUCUUAACACUGAAGAGACAAAAAACCAAGUGAUUGCAUUUCUUAACAAGACUGUUUAUGAUGGAGAACCAGAGGAAACCCAUGUAGAAAGGAUUAAAAAAGAAAAGCAUGUGCUAGAUGCAUUCUUUGAUAAACGAGCACAGAUGCACGUGGAAGAUGUUAUAUUAGAGCCUUUGGCAAAGCGAGCUCGUCAGACAGACUCUAACUCAGAAAGAUAUGAUGUCCAAAUCCAGAUGGUAGAAGAAGCAUUAACUUCAGUAAAGACUCUUCUACAGGAAAGUCCACCUCCAGAUUGGUUGUCAUCAAAAUUGGAAAGCAUCCAGUGCCUACUAAGCACUUUACAAAGGAGAGUGCAGUCAGGAAGCCACAGUUCAUAGAGAAUAACUUGCUGCAUGUAUUGUCUUUGUAAAACACAGAUCACUCACGAGAAGUCCGGAAUUUGCGCGGAACAUUAUCCGGAACGUGUGCUUCUUCAUACUAUAUGCUCCAUUAUCACACUACAGAUGUUGAGGGCAGCUUCUGUCUAUAAGAAAUUAUAGUGCUAAACUUAUGGAAGGUAAAGCAUUGAAUGGAUUUCCUUCUAUAUUUAUUUCCGUUUUUACCUUCUCAGUCUGGUUGUUUUUGUUCCCAGCACUCUAAUUUAAUAGCUGUAAAUAAAAUAAAAUGUCUAGAAAGUUUGUGUAUAAUAAAACCAAGCAGUUACAUUUAAACUCUUCAAACAUCUGGUACAUUUUGUGUAAAUACUGUUGUUUUUAUUACUGUUAAUGUAUAAUACUAUCAAUUGUUUAUGUAUAUAUAUAUUUUAUUGGUAAAUUGUGAAA